UGCUCCAGGACAAGAUGUCGGAGCCGCACAGACCCCAGAGGAAGAUGUCCCGGACGGGCUGCUCCUUGUACAAGGUGCUGGGUCUGGAGAAGGGCGCCUCGCAGGACGACAUCAAGAAAGCGUACCGGAAACUUGCCUUACGGUAUCAUCCAGACAAGAACCCCGACAAUCCAGAGGCUGCUGAGAAGUUUAAGGAAAUCAAUAACGCCAACACCACGCUGAGCGACGAAAACAAGCGCAAGAUUUACGAUGAGUACGGCUCCAUGGGUCUCUACGUGGCCGAGCAGUUCGGGGAGGAAAGCGUCAAGUACUACUUCCUGAUGUCUAAGUGCUGGUUCAAGGGCCUGGUGGUCUGCUUCAGUAUCAUCUCGUGCUGUUGCUGCUGCUGUUGCUGCUGUUUCUGCUGCGGUCGGUGUAAACCUCCUGAGGAAGAAGAUGAUUCCUAUAAGUGUGUGAACCCCGAGGACCUGGAGGCCCAGAUCCGUGCGGAGGACGGUGACGUCAUCAACAUGCAGCCGUCCUCGGGGGCCCCCGUCUACCCUGCGCAGCAGAGUUCCUAGAGCAGCCCCCGGACCUCCCAGUGGUAUCGGACAGGAUCCUCUUCUUGUCACUUCUGGAGACCCCAAUUUCGUGCUCUUGUGGAGGAGACGGGUGGUCCUACACGACAUAUAGCACUUUCUGCAGCAUCACCAGGUUCUUCUCCGUUUGUCGCCUUCAAGCAGCUCCUGCGAGGAUAAGGAGGCGACGACUGACUGUGAAUGGGAAGAGUCACCAAAGACUUGUGUGUGGCCCUUUCUUCCUUCUAUGGAUGAGGAGCACAGAGGGGCCCUCGCCCCAGCAGUGGACCCGCAGCUUUGUACUUUACAGACGUUCUCUUUCAUGGCUCGUGACCCUUCCCGUACCGUCUUCCCCGCCCUCUCCUUCCUUUAUGUUGAAGUGACAAGGGCUAUUAACCAAACGUGGGGCUUAAGGCAAACCCCCCCCCCCCAAUCCAUGUCCAACCGCUGCCCCCACCUCCCUGUACUGGUCGACAUUUCUGAGGGCCCGUCCCAUCCAGCUUCUGGUUUCUUACUUUAAACUUGAUGCCAAUGACUAUGUGGGACAAUAGCUGCGGCCUCGUCCUUCACCGUCGUCUUGACCCCCUGCCCCCCCAUUACCCCACAACUUUGCACAAUGAAUCUGUGAAGUAUUGGGCACUUUGUCCCGGACGAGCCUCCGGAUGUGUUUUUAUACUUUUAUGUCUCCUGUGCUGGUCAGCUGAUGUCUCCUCUGCUCCGGUAUUGGAGGCCGCGCAGCCGCUCGUCGCCCCUGGACUGUUGGGCAGUGCGGUGUAUGGGACGCUCCAGAUCUGGCCCUAUAAUCAUGUCCUGUGUAGAUAUAUAUAUAUAUACGUUGCACCUCAUCCCAUACCUCUUCUUUCGUUCUGUAUCCUUUCACUGUGACUGCGGCGCUCAUCAUGGCGGUGAUGUCCAUCCUGGGAACAGAUCAUUCUGGAGAAAUUCGUACAUGGGUUUUUAUUGCCAAAUGUCUCGUUUUAUCACCAGCAGUUGCCAAUGAAGCGUCGGCGGUGGGAAAGUCUCGUAGUGUCAUGGAGGUUUAAUAAAAUGCAAGCGCUCCCCCAUUGGACCCCCAUGUCUUUUUCAUUCAUAUACUGUAUGGUGGAUGGUGAUUGGCGGACUGCGGCGCUGACUGUGGGGUAAUCGGCAGCCUGGCACGGGGGAUAAGAUGUCUGAUGGCAGGGGGCCCCCACGAUCUCUGUGCAGCACCCGCAUUCUGUCCCGGAGACAUGACGUCACGCCAAGACCCCGUCACGCCCCCUCCAAUAGACAUGAAUGGAGGGGCGUGACUUCACGAGGAGGCAUCGUGUUACGUCUACAGUGCCGGAGGUUUCUGGGCCUGGAGACGCAGUCCCAGUAGCCUCCCCCCGAUCAGACAUCUUAUCCCAUAUCAUACGUACAUGGGUUUUUAUUGCCAAAUGUCUCGUUUUAUCACCAGCAGUUGCCAAUGAAGCGUCGGCGGUGGGAAAGUCUCGUAGUGUCAUGGAGGUUUAAUAAAAUGCAAGCGCUCCCCCAUUGGACCCCCAUGUCUUUUUC